AUUAUGGAAAAAACAUCACUUAAAUUAGAAAUACGAAAAUCGUUCUUUGAUGAUCUUUACUGUCAAUCGACACGUUUAGUCUAGUCUUGUGUUGCUCUUGAAAUUGGAAAAACGUACAAAAUUAUUUGCGCAUAGCACUGAUCUAUCAAUAUGCACGUAAUUUUGUGGGUCUUCAUUUUGGCAAAUAUAAAAAGCAUUGUUGCUCAAAAUUUAAAGGGAGUUGCUGAAUGGGGAAGUUUGGAUUAUGUAUUCCCGCCGCCACAUAGCAGACAGCAAGCAAUUCAAAGUGGUCAAUUUGUUCCAAAUAAUGGUGUUCCAAUUGAUAUCGACAUAGAUUAUCGUUCGGACAAUCUUCCAUCCCGGAUUUUUGUCACUAUUCCGAGAUUUACAACUGGCAUACCGGUUACUUUGGGGUACGUUGCGGGACCUGGUAAUUAUAUUCAACCAUAUCCAUCGUAUUCUUGGCACGAGAGUCAUGGCCGAAACUGUGACGGUAUCACUAGUGUGUUCAGAGUCGCGAUUGAUAAAUGUCGGCGACUAUGGGUGCUUGAUACGGGUAGAAUCGGAACACAAGUACACUGUGCACCACAAUUAUUGGUAUUUAAUUUAGAUACAGACACCUUAAUCCAUCGAUAUCGUUUUCCUGAAAGUCAAACCAGAAUGGGCACAUCGCUCUUUAUCACACCAAUUUUAGAUGUAAAAGAUCCUCCACCAUAUGGCAUGUGUUCGGAUACAAUGGUCUAUAUAGCUGAUGUACAAGGUUUUGGCCUGAUUGUAUACUCAUCACGCACAAAUCGAUCAUGGCGAGUACAAAAUAAAUUAUUUUAUCCAAAUCCACAAUUUGGAACACACACCGUUGCUGGCGAGAGUUUUGAAUUGAUGGACGGAACUUUUGGAUUGGCACUGUCACCACCCUCGCCAAACGAUGCAAACCGAAACCUUUAUUUCCAUACACUUGCCAGUAAUACCGAAAAUAGCGUUCGUCUUGACGUUAUAAAUAACGCAACGGCUUGGGAUAGCAAUGCUGAUAAUUCACCGAGAUCUUUUCAAGAAAUUGGAUAUCGUCCGUCGCAAGCAACAGCGCAAGCUAUGGAUAGCAAUGGAAAUUUAUUUUAUGGAUUGGAAACUCCAUCAGCAAUUCAGUGUUGGGAUUCCAGAAAACCAUUUACGAGAGAAAAUAUUAGAACCAUUGUUCAAAAUGAACGAACAUUACAAUUUAUUAGUGGCAUGAAAAUAGUUACGAAUAAAAAAGGAAAAGAAGAACUUUGGGUUAUGUCUUGCCGAUUUCAGAAAAUCAUGACGGGAACAAUCAAUCCAUCAGAAACGAAUUUCCGCAUACAAGCCUUACAAAUCGACGAGCUUUUGGGCCAUAGAAAUAGAUGCUAAAAUAAUCAAGUAUGCGUUGAAUAUACUGCUUUUAAACAAAAAAAAUUUAUGAAAAGAAAAUGAAUGAUAUUAUUUUUGAAAUGUGUAAUUCGAUACGUCUUUGCAGAUUAUUACAUAAAUAAUAAUCUUUAUGGUAUGCCUCAGAAGAUUUGGUUCAGUAAAUCAUAUUAGUUUUAUAAAAAAAAACUGUAUACUUCGAAACUUGUCACUGAAAUAUUUAAUAGAAAUAUCUCUAAAUGCAACCAAUAAAAAUACCGA